AUGGCUCCCGUGAUACCAUACACAUACAUACAAUGUCCAUGCUCCGAUAACUCUCCCCCCGAUCAACAAACUCCUCAAACUCCAACCUCAGCCUCCGCCGAACACACCUUUGACCCCACCGAUCCUCGCUCAAACUACAGCCUCUACCCUCUCGAAUACCUCCUCUACUGCGAAGACUGCCAGCAGAUCCGAUGUCCGAGAUGCGUCAACGAAGAAGUCGUCACAUACUACUGCCCCAAUUGUCUUUUUGAGGUUCCAAGCAGUAACUUGCGGAGCGAGGGUAACAGAUGUACUCGAAGCUGUUACCAAUGUCCCGUAUGCAUCGGUCCUACUCAGGUCAUGGCCUUGGCCCCUACCGAACAAACACAACCAGGCGCCGACCCUUCAGCCCACGGGAACAGCAGAUUCGCGCUGUACUGCCAGUACUGCAACUGGACGUCCACCGAGAUAGGCAUCGACUUUGACCGACCGAGCGGCAUAUUCACACAGCUCUCCAAGGUCAACAACGGUGGCCAGCCCAGGCUCACGGCUAGAGAGUUCAAGGAGCGACGCAAGGAUAACCCAGAUGAGCCUCCGCCAGCCGACAAAGACGUCGAUGCGGAGCUUCAGUACGCCAAUCUCAAGUCAUUCUACCAGGCACAACUCGCCGACACCAACGCUUCCGGCGUGCCUUCGCUCAAUGAUAACCUCGGAUAUGGCUCGCCUGCUGCGUUGACGCGGAUCAUGGCCAUGUACACCGGUCAUGGGCACUCCCGCAAGCGUAACGGUCCUUCAGACGUGAUGCGUGAGGCUCUUUCAACAGAAGAGGGUCUAAAGGUGGCCGAUCUGGAUGAUUCCGCUCAGAUCAAAAAACUGCACCAAGAGGGGUUAGAUGCGACUGCUACCAUUGAGCAAAACCUUUUGCAAGCAGAUGUUCAGAGAUUCCAGGAUGGUCUACGUCCUAUACCAUACCUCCUCCGAACGAAGCGAUCCAAGCGAUGCUCUAUAUGCAGACACAUCAUCUCCAAGCCCGAGAACAAGGUCACGUCCACACGGUUCAAGAUCAAGCUCGUGGCCAAGUCGUACAUACCAACCAUCACAAUCCGACCCCUCAACCCCACCGCCGGGCCUGUUCCUACCACACAGCGUCCCCAAAUCCAACAUGAGCUGCCUCUCAAGCCUCUUACUCCUCACCACUACAUCAUAACCUUCAAGAACCCCCUGUUCGACGGCAUCAAGGUUACACUUGCCACACCAAACAGCACACCUGGUAGGUUCUCGAGUAAGGUCACCAUUCUGUGUCCGCAGUUCGAGAUCGACGCCAACACGGACAUGUGGGACGACGCCCUGAAAGACGACGACAGAGACAAAAAGCGCAAGGGUGAGGAGAGCAGCGGUCAACCUGAAGCCGGCAAGAUCUGGGAGCGAGGGCGUAACUGGGUCAGCAUCAUUCUGGAAGUGGUGCCUACUUCGCUACGACUUGACGACAAGGUCAAGGAUAAGAGCCCCAUCAAGGAGGACGAAGACAUUCUCGAGAUACCCAUGUUUGUGAGGAUGGAGUGGGAGGCAGACUCCCAGCAAGAUGUCGGUACAACAUCAGCAAAGGAAAAGGAAGGCCAGGAGAAGCGAGAACUGGCUUAUUGGUGUGUAUUAGGAGUUGGCCGCAUCGGUAGCGAUUAA